AUGGUAGCUGCGCGGAUCGCGGGCGAGCUCAACCUACAUCGCUGUAUCCCAAAGGCGCCACACACGAAGAAAGCAUGCUAUUUGCGCACCCGGCUAUACUAUCUGGUCUUUGUGUGUGAUCACCACUUCUCCAUCUGCUAUGGAAGGCCGCCUCUGACGAGAGACUUCGGCGCCAUAACGCCUCCAACUCAAUUUCUGCAGUCCGAGUUCACGACCGAAGACGACGCCCGGCUCGUCAGCCAGGUCGAGAUCUGGACGACCAGCACCCGUGUCUUCGACCAGUUUAGUCUCGACCCUGAGGCGCAUCUCUCGGACCAAUUGAUCCCGCAGUUGCGGCGGCUGAGUAUCGCGCUAGACACCUGGCGCGCCGACUGGAACGAGAGAUUUCACGUCAACGAGUGCGUUGGGAACUAUCCACGCAAAGGAGUCGGCCUUCAUUUCCACUUUGCAAAGCUGUUCCUGUGCUCCCACGUCUUCAGACGGGCUCCUGCCGCGGAAGGCGAGCAUCUGCAACUGGAUCCUGACCUGCAGGAGUUCGCCACGAACGCGGUACACUCGGCGACCUCGAUUCUUCAGGUCAUUGCUGCAGACCGGGAGAUCCAAUCAUAUCUGCAUGGGCUCCCCACGUACUUUGACACAAUGAUAGCAUUUGCCUUUGUCUUCUUGCUCAAAAUCCGGAUCAAGAACCCUGCAAACCUCAGGAUCGACAAGGCCGGUAUCUCGGAGACACUGGACGCCCUGGCUGUGGUGCUGGAAAACGUGACGACAAACAUGCACCCACGACAUCUGCUGACAAGUAUUGCUAGCAGUAUGAGGAAGCUGCUUGACCGGUUCCUGCACGGUGCGGGUGCGGGCCAAGAGGCUGCUCCAGCUCAAUCUCAGGCCGUGCCUGGACCGCAACCGCCUUUCGACCCUGACAACCAGUGGCUCAGUCCCUCAGACGCGAUGUUCCUCGAGAGCUACGACUUUCUGUAUUCGCCAGGCGCGGACUUGAACUUCGACCUCGACCUGGGUGUAUCUCACCACCAGUAA